CCGAGCAACAACCCCCAAUCCUCGCUGAAGCAGUUGAAGGUGAUGUGUAUGUUUAGCUUGCGCAAUAUCUCUGUUCGGAAAGCGCCUCUGGUUUCAGGCGCUGUUUCUUUAAGUAAAGAAGCCGCAUCAUCCACAGGAGGAGCCACAGCCAGUUGCAACUUGAGCUGUGGCAUCAAGAAUGGGGGUGGCAAUGCUUGCAACUGGGAUUCGGCCAUCCAAAAGGAGCAGCGUUAAUAGGUGUGGAUUUAUGUGCAUGAUUAGUAGUGAAGAGGGGAUAGAAGGAGAAAGGAAGGAAGAAAGAAAUGGUGCCACUUCUCUGUUAUUAAAUUUAGUGGAAAGAUGAAUUGGUAAAUAUGAAAAUGUUACAAUAGUUACGCCCCGUUCUGCAUCUGCCCAUUGGGCAUUUGCUGGUGAUGUAGUUGCUGCUGCUGUUGCUGCUGCUGAUGGUGAGGCAUCUGCAUUUGCAUCUGCUGCUGCUGUUGUUGUUGCUGUUGCUGU